AUGACCGAUGCCGAGACCAUCCUCGCGUUCCUGGACCGUCUUCUCUUGUCGGCGUAUGCGACGCCGUACUUGACGUGCGGGCAGUGCAACAGUCUCAACUUUAUCGACGUCGCCCAAAUCCAAGGCAUCCGCAACGAUCUGCACCGCAUCGGCGACUACGAGCGGCUCGUACCGUGUGUCGGCUGCGGGCGCACGAUCUUUCUGCGCCCGGGCGUCGCCAGUUUGGCCGCCGAGAUCGAGCACAAGACGCUGCUCGACGACGGCCACGAAAAGCAGCGCGAGCCCGCGGCCAUCCACAUUCAGCGCGUCGCGCGCGGGUACCUCGGGCGAAAGGAGGCCAAGGCGCGGCGCCAGGCCAAGCUCGAGUACGAGCGCAAGAUCUUUCGCGCCGCCGCCUGCAUCCAACGGCGGAUCCGAGGCGUCGAGGCACGGACCCGAUACCGCGUCGAGCAAUGCAUUGCCGUCAUCCUCAACACACACAAGUCAGUGUAUGCGUUUGCAACGACCAACCAGCCCAACAUGGGCCGGAUCUUUUGGUAUGAAAACGCCGCCGAGCUCGCAGUCUUUUCCACCGACUACCGCGAGUUUGUGCGCCGGACGGGCAACCGGCCACCGCUCUACCGCGUCGAGGCCAACGUCAAAGAGGUCGCGCGGCGCGUCUUGGCGCGCGAGAACUGCCUCGUUGCACGGAUCCAAGCCGCAUGGCGGGGGCUCACGACCCGCGUCGCGUACCUCGAGCUCAAGCGGCAGCUGGGCUGGCAUCGCAGCAGCCGCAUGGCGCCCGCGGUGCGGAUUCAGCGCCUCGCCCGCAUGCACGCCGACCGCCGGCGCCGCCCCGCGCCCGUGCCCAGCCGCGACGCGUGCCUCGCCGACUAUUACACGAUUUACACGGAGAAGACGCGGAGCGCACAUGCUCGGCAUCUGCAGCGGACGCUACUCGCCACGUACCGCGACCAUGUGCAGCACAAGCGCGGCGCCAAGCUCGUGGGACUGCCCAUCGAGCCCUUCCGCGUGUACAAAAACGACACGCUCUUCCCUCAUAGUUGUAGCAACCAGCAGUCGAACAAUGCAGUGGCCAAGUCGACAGCGCCAAAAGUGAUGUCGGCCUUUCGCCGUGCCAAAGCCAAGCUCGAUCGCGUCGCACUGCAGCCAGCAUCGCUGCCCCAGCGACUGCGGCAAGAGGUGACCAACCAACGGAGCGAUUCGUAA